AUGGGAUUCACGGAGCGUUUGGUGGGAAGCGUGAAAUCCGCGCUGAAGAAAGUCGUGGGACGAGCGGUUCUGAACAUGCAGGAAAUGUCAACGGUCCUUUGCGAGGUAGAGCUGAUGAUAAACCGAAGGCCCUUGUGUAAAGUCCCGGAAGCGGAGCAUAUUGAUAUAUUGACACCCCAGCAUUUUCUUGUGAUACGCACAGAAGACCCGACACAAGACUCCAUGAUUCCUAGCAAUGUGCGGGCGAGUGAUAUACUGAAGCGAUGGCGACACAAGAAGAACAUCAUAGAAGCGCUGUGGAAAAGAUGGGAGCACGAGUACUUGCUGCUGUUGAGAAAUUUCCAUGAGACAAUCCCGAAGACCUUGGAAACUUUGAAGGUUGGGCAGAUAGUCAUAAUCAAAGAUGUGAACACCCCGAAAUUAAGCUGGAAAAGCGCGCGUGUUGAAGCAUUGAACAUCAGUAGAGAUCAGGUUGUUCGAUCGUGUAAGCUCAGAAUGGGAAACGGAAAGCUGUUGCAAAGACCACUAUCGCUUAUAUAUCCGUUGGAAAUAGAGUAA